AUGGACAAGGUGAUUCGGAAAAAGGUCCGCGGGGAAAUCACGUACAACAUGAAGUUGUUGAUCCGGGGUGAACGCGGGACAGGGAAAACGUCGUUGCUGGCGCGGUUGCAAGGCCAACCGAUCCCAGAAACUCACGAACUCACGCGAGAGAUUCAAACAGCGUCAAUCCACUGGAGCAUGAAGGGAAGCUCGGAAGAGAGCGUGAAAUGCGAGGUCUGGGACGUUGUCGACGUUGGGUUGAAGGACAGUGCAGACGGUGUGGAUGCGGCAAUGCUUGACUCGGAUUCGCAAGGUCGCCACCACGUCGCGCCUGUGGAUGCGCAGAACGUCGAUGUGUACCAGAACGCUCACGGAGUCAUCUUUCUCAUGGACAUCUCCAAGUACUCAACCCUCGAGUACGUCAAACACCAACUCGAUCUCGUACCCGUGCACAUCCCUACGUUGAUCAUUGGUACAUUUCGCGAUCUGCGGCGCGGCGACAAUACUCUGAAGCGCGCAAUCUUCAAGGAAGACGUGCAGUCCCUCUUGUACGGCCAUGCCAAGGACAUGAAGAAUCCUACGUUCCGUCGGCCGGCAGAACAACACUACUUUGAGGCGUCCCUGAGCAACUGCUACGGUCUCAAGGCGCUGCACACGUAUCUUGCGAUUCCUUUCUUGCAUUUGAAGGUGUCCACCGUCAAGCAGCAGCUUCGCCUUCUCGAGACCGACCUCGCCAACGCGAAACUCGACGUUGACGCGACCAUUUCGACCCAAAAGUACAGUCAUUUUGUCCACACGAUCGCGGCAGGCGCCGACAUUCGCACGGGACGGCGCAAUCCGUCGGGUGUAAGUGGAAGCUCCGCUGGGAGUCGACCGACCUCCGCUACGUCCAGUACAGCACCGUCCGCGCUAAGUCGCACCGAGUCGACAGUUCAUGCUACAGACGAAGAUCUCGACGAUGACGCGACGUCCACUGACUUGAACGUGUCGACUCCUCGACCCCAGCCCCCUCGACCGCCGUCACCACCGACGCCAUCCCCUCGCCACGAGCCAUUGCGACCGCGCAUGCCAGAUAUGGAAGAGGAUGACGAAACCUUGACCCAACUCGACGAAGAAGCGCGUGACCAGUCUGUCCCUGCAGUUGUAGUCGACGACGACGUCGACGAUGACCUGCCGGAGCGAGGGGACAUUGCCGCUGAAGACGUCGAGCCCGAGGCCCCAAGUCCACUCCGCACAGAGCACAUUCAGGUCAAGGUUGCUGACGUUUCGACCACGGGAUGA